UCCUGCAUGUGCCGACAAUAUGGCAGCGCCCGUAGCGAUUCACCUGGAGUUUGGUGGUGGAGCGGAGCUGCUUUUUAAUGGUGUGAAGGAACAUCAUGUGACUCUUCCUAGCCAAUCCGAACCUUGGGACGUGAAGCAGCUGCUGGUCUGGAUCCAACAGAACCUGCUGAAGGAACGGCCCGAGCUCUUUGUCCAGGGAGACUCUGUGAGACCUGGGAUACUGGUGCUUAUCAAUGAUGCAGACUGGGAGCUAAUGGGGGAGCUGGACUACCAACUACAAGACCAAGACAACGUUGUGUUUAUUUCUACUCUUCAUGGAGGAUAGCAAAUAAAUGAGGAAUACACAGUAACAUA